CACAUUUUUUAUAGGAUAAUGCAUCUUUUGAGCUUCUAGAAUUGCCACUAUUCAGGAUAUGUUCCUCAACUAGUUUGUACCAUUAGGCUUUCCUACGCGCCAGGUUCACGCUCUAUUCGAUUAUUUUUUACUUGCCUACAUACACAUCAUGGAGAACACUCAGAACACGUCAGCUUGUACGCACAUAUAGCAAGAACUUUAUCAUUAAGUGCUUGUAUAAUUGUAGGUAUACACCCUUCUGGGGUUCAUAUAAACUUUCAGUUGGACAGUGUAGCUAACGUUGAGAUUCACGAGUCUCAUUCUGAAAAAUAAUCAUAUGAGAUUUGAUCUCAUAUAUUUAAAACUUAUACCUAAUCUGCAGUAUGUCAUAUGAUAAAUUUAUAAUAAAACAUACGGUCACUACUUGUGGAUCCGUCAUAUCGACGUGGCUGGUCGAUGUGGGCCUCCUUUGCUACUCUGGUUACGUGGUUAAUGUCUUGCCGCGUACGUGGACAAAAAAUGUGUCCUCUUUGUAUCCUCUCAAAAAUGAGAUCCCCUCGUGGGGCCUCCCUUCAGUCUCCAGCUCCACGCCUCCACCUCGUCGCGGCGCCCUCCGCGUCCAAGCGAUCCCCAUGGCCGCCCGCCUCGGCGCUCUCGCUCUCGCCCUCGCGGCAGCGCUCCUCCUGCUCGCCUCCUCCGCGGCCGCGGCCGCGGCCACCGGCGAUGAGGGGGGCGGAUCGACGAAGGUGGGCGUGGCGCUGUACUACGAGUCGCUCUGCCCCUACUCGGCGCGCUUCGUGGUGAACUACCUCGCCAAGGUCUUCGAGGACGGCCUCCUCAGCGCCAUUGACCUCAUGCUCGUCCCCUACGGCAACGCCCGGGUGGCUACCGACGGCAAGAUUUCCUGCCAGCAUGGCCCGUACGAGUGCUUGCUCAACACCGUGGAAGCCUGCGCCAUCGACGCCUGGCCAGAAUUGAACAAGCAUUUCGGUUUCAUCUACUGCGUGGAGGACCUGGUGGUGAAGCACCAGUACAGGGAGUGGAAGUCCUGCUUCCAAAAGCUGGGACUUGACCCAAAGCCCGUGACCGAGUGCUACAAGAGUGAGCACGGCCACAAUCUCGAGCUCAAGUACGCGAACCAGACCGAUGCUCUCGAGCCUCCGCACCGGUACGUUCCAUGGGUGGUGGUCGACGGGAAGCCGCUGUUAGAGGACUACGAGAACCUCGAGGCUUACAUCUGCAAGGCCUACAAGGGCAGUCCUCCAAAGGUUUGCGAGGGGCUAGGCGUUGCCCCAAGAACGCAGGAGCAGGACGCGGUGGAGGCACGCAACGGUGUCAGCUACAACUACGGCGAUAUCAAGCUACAGACUGCUCAAGUUGAGGGCGGGGAGAGUAAGAUGGUGCUGUUGGACGAUGAUAAUUGAUAGCUGAUGUCAUGAUGAUGUGCUCUUUUGCUUCAUGUGAACAUAGUUGCAGUUCCAUCGCACUGUUCAGAAUCCAGAUUGUGGGGCUGUAGAUCGUACAGUAAUAAUAAUAAUAAACUAAAGCUGUCUUCCUGCUUAAUUAUA